UUCCACGCGACAAGCCUCUUCGUUGGGCUAUCAUUUAUGGCCAGGUCGCUUCUCAAGAAGAAAAAACAGAGACGUCGUAAACCUCAGUGGGCCUUACCUGGUGAAAUACAAUUUGUUGUUAGUAGUUUUGGUGUAGCUUUCCCCGCAGCACGGGGAGGCCACCACCGCCAAUGUCGCCGGGCCUGACGGUGGAGGAGAGGACCUCGUCCGGGCUACCAAAGCAGAGCAUCACCACAACCACCACCACCACCACGACCACACUUGCACUUGCAAUCACCGUCUCCCACACACACACACACACCAGCAGCUCGCUCGCUUUGCCAGGUGACGGAACUUCAACCAAGGCCGUGCUCGAAGUCUCCACCGCCUCCGUCAUUCCACCCCCACCCACUCACCACCACCUCCGCUACCUCCACUCGCGAAACGGCGUUCCCGUUCCGUCGCAAACCCAGCGCCGAUCGCUCCUCUCUCUUAUGUGUUUGCCAACAGCAAUCCGUUGCUCGAGCGACCAGUUUCAGUGCAGCGACGGGAGACAGUGCUUGCCGUGGAGCUGGCGAUGCGACGUCAUCGUGGACUGCGCGGAUGGCUCCGAUGAACACGGCUGCCGCGGCAACGUUACGCUCCCGACCUCUUCAAUAGCGUCAUCAUCUACACCUUAUCUUGCAAGCACGUCUGUCGGCGUGGCCAUCCGACUGGCCGCGGGAGGCGCGUGCCACGGGCGGGUCGAGGUGUUCUACGGCGGCUCGUGGGGGACGGUGUGCGACGACCUCUGGGAGCUGCAAGAUGCCAACGUGGUGUGCCGCCAGCUGGGCUGCGGCGAGGCGCUGUCCGCGCCGCUCUACGCCUACUACGGAGUGGGCAGCGGCCACAUCUGGAUGGACAACGUCCAGUGCUCGGGUCAAGAGGCCGAGCUCUCGCAGUGCGGCCAGAAUGGCUGGGGAAUUCACGACUGUGGCCACAACGAGGACGCUUCCGUCAUCUGCUCGCAAGACGCGUGGGCUGCUUCAAGCACGCAGUGUAAGAUCACAACACCACAUGUGUACAACAACACGUGUGUACAACACCACAUGUGUACAACACCACAUGUGUACAACAACACCACAUGUGUACAACAACACCACGUGUGUACAACACCACAUGUGUACAACACCACAUGUGUAUAA